GUAGAAGUCUUGUAUACUUUUGUGAUGUUAAUACAACAUACCAACAUAAGUUUUUGUUGUGUUUGUUUUGCCCUUUUGAAGCUUAACCUCGGAGACGAUAUUGUGAAAGUUGUAAUCGAUUGGAGCAAGCUUCAAAGCACAUCAGCACUUCAGCCAACAUUGCUCUUUAGUGCCCUUCAGCAGCAUAUUUUAUGUUUGCAGCCUCUUUUAGAAAAACUCCAGUCAUUGAUUAAGGAGGAAAAUAUAGGCCAUGUUGAACCUGCAGGUAAAACAGGAGGCCAAACUUGCGACACAAGUUUAGAUGUUUGUGAUGGUAACUGUCAGACUGAGGAGAAGUAUGCAGGUUAUGACUUGGGAGAUCCAAAGGAUGCUCGUAUUAAUUUUGAUCCAGAAGUGGUCCAAAUAAAAGCUGGAAAAGCAGAAAUUGACAGGAGGAUAUCAGCCUUCAUCGAGAGGAAGCAAGCUGAGAUCAAUGAAAAUAAUGUCAGGGAAUUUUGCAAUGUUAUUGAUUGUAAUCAAGAAAAUAGCUGUGCCAGAACAGAUGCAAUUUUCACACCCUAUCCUGGAUUUAAAAGCCAUAUAAAGGUUUCUAGGGUAGUAAAUACAUAUGGACCUCAGACUAGAUCUGAAGGGUCACAUGGGUCCAGUCACAAAGCAGUUGUACCCAUUCAUGAUUGUGGAAACCAAGCUGUUGAGGAGAGAUUGCAAAACAUUGAAGCACACUUAAGGUUACAAACAGGUGGUCCUGUACCAAGAGACAUUUACCAGAGAAUUAAGAAGCUUGAAGAUAAAAUCCUUGAGCUGGAAGGACUGUCUCCUGAAUAUUUUCAAUCUGUAAGCUGUUCUGGCAAGAGGAGGAAGGUCCAAGCUCCCUAUAACUAUUCAUUGGCUGAACUGGAUGAAAAGAUCAAUGCUAUAAAACAGGCAUUACUGAGGAAAACAAAAGAAUGCAAGUCCAAGGAGGCUGAACGGCUUCUCCAAUAAAAAAAGAAAAGUCUUUUGAGAACCCUCAUCGUGCUUCAUACAUAACCUAAACCAUACAUCUGAGUAGUGUUCAUUGGGGGUGACUUUAGCAGUGGGAACAAAGCAUGCAUAGAAGCUUCUUUCGGGUGAUCUUGAAAGAUUUCUUUCAGAAGUCAUUAUUUAAUAACAGUCUUAUUAAUGAAAGAGUUACUUUAAAAUGAAGAAUGUUUUAGGAAUAGCAUUCUAAUAAUCCAUUCCCUUCUGUUGUAAAGGAGGAUUGCAGCAUUGUUUGUAUGUGGAAAGUCAACCUGCAGACAAAAACUGUAUUUCACAUCUAAUUCUUGAUGAUGGAGU